UCUCUUUCAUUGGUCGAAACUCGGAGUUCAAAGUUUCUUUUCCGGUGUCCGGUUAGGUUUGAGCUAGGAACUACAUAAUACUUUGCAAAUGUAUUAAUUAAAAAGCAAUAUAUAGAAGUUUUUGGACUAAAUUAAAUGUGACAUUUGUUAAGUUUAACCAAGUUUAUUUGAAAAAAUAAAAAAAGGACCUUUUUUAUGCUACGGCUGCACCAAAUCCGUAACCAUGGUAACAGCGGUUAGCGUGGAGCUGCUAGUACAAAACAUACAGCUGAGUACUUAUUUAAGAGUAGUCAGGACUGGUUAUUUUUCGGGCAGAUGAGUGAACAAAGUAGCAUACAGUUGGCUUGUGUCAUUUUAACCACUUUUUAAUUAGUUGUUUGACUUUUCAUAUCAAAGAAAUUGGCCGGUACAAAGGAUUUCCUGUCGGUUCUGACAGCUAGCUGGGGGAAGCUGUCAAGGAUGUCUGACAAGAAGGAAAGUGGUUCUUUUAAUACUUUUGAGGAAGAACCUAAAAAAGUUUCCUUCAUUUUUCCAAAUGGGGACAGAUAUGAAGGGGAGUGCAGCAAAUCUGCAUCUGGAGUAAUGAUGAGGAGUGGUGCUGGUAAACACACCUCAGCAAAUGGCAUCAUAUACACUGGAGAAUGGCAUGAGGACAAGAUGCAUGGCAGAGGCACCCUGCAGCAUCCCUCUGGAGGACUAUAUGAAGGAGAAUUCAAAGACAACAUGUACCACGGCACAGGAACAUAUACCUUCCCAGAUGGCUCUAUUUAUAAAGGUCAAUUUCACAAGAAUAGGUUGGAGGGAGAAGGGGCUUUCACUAACACACAAGGACUGGUUUGGAUGGGAGAGUUUCAUGGCAAAGCAGCACUGGGCCUGAAAAUGCAGCACAACAUUUAGGCAAAACAAGCAUUAUUGUUCUGCAUUAUAUAAAACAUUGUAUGAUACUGUAUAUUUUACAUUCAACUGAAGUGUAUUAGAAAAGAUUUUUGCGUAUUUUAUCUACAGAAUUUCUUCUUUACAUGUGAUAAAUUUACUGUACUAAAAUCUGAAAGAUAGACCUGUGUUUCGGUUCAAAACUUUUAAGAUCACACGUCCAUGUAUUUCUGUGUGCUGGUGCUUAAAUAUCCGUGCAAUCA